UAGCUCGGGGCUUUGGUGGUCACUUUGCAUCCGGUCUGGCAAAGUUUGCUCAGGCUCGGUCUGCUUUUCCCCCCCCGUCUCCCCGUGAUUCUCCGGGCGGCCAGAUGGCGGGGAGGGGGCAUUCAAAUCCCCCCCUGGUGCUGCUGGGAGUAAGCUGCAGCAGCUGACAGGGAAGCGGUGUCACUCAUGGCCGCGGCGCUGAUUCUGUCCCGCGGCUGCAGGUCGCUGCUGCGUGGCGGCCUGCGGCCUCGCAGAUGGAGACCUGCCCCGCUACGCUUGGUGAGUUUUCAACAACUUCAUUCUGAUCAGAAAAUGUCUGUCCUUGAAAGGCUUUUUCAGUACAUUGAUGAACACCAGGAUCUCUAUGUUCAGCGGCUGGCCCAAUGGGUGGAAAUCCAGAGUGUGUCGGCAUGGCCGGAGAAGAGGGAUGAUAUCAAACGAAUGAUGGAAGUUGCUGCCAAGGACAUCGAGCGGCUGGGUGGCACUACUCAACUUAUGAAUAUUGGAACCCAAAAGCUCCCUGAUGGGUCAAAGAUUCCACUACCUCCAAUCAUUCUUGGCAAACUUGGCUCAGAUCCACAAAAGAAAACAGUGUGUGUUUAUGGGCAUCUGGAUGUCCAACCUGCAGCCCUGGACGAUGGCUGGGACAGUGAACCCUUCACCUUGGUAGAAAGAGAUGGAAAACUGUACGGGCGAGGGUCAACAGAUGACAAAGGUCCAGUGCUUGCCUGGCUGAAUGCCCUAGAAGCUUAUCAACAAACUAAACAGGAAAUCCCAGUGAACAUCAAGUUCUGUCUGGAAGGCAUGGAGGAGUCUGGUUCUGAAGGCCUAGAUGAACUGAUUUUUGCUCAAAAAGACACUUUCUUCAAAGAUGUGGACUAUGUUUGCAUCUCUGACAACUACUGGCUAGGCAAGAAGAAGCCAUGUAUCACAUAUGGCCUCAGGGGAAUCUGCUAUUUUUUCAUAGAGGUGGAAUGCAGUGACAAAGACCUUCACUCUGGAGUUUAUGGUGGCUCAGUACAUGAGGCCAUGACAGAUCUCAUUGCUCUGAUGGGCUCCCUUCUGGAUAAGAGAGGGAAAAUCCUCAUCCCUGGCAUUAAUGAAGCAGUGGCCUCACUUACUGAUGAGGAGCUGGAGUUGUAUGAGAAGAUUGACUUUGACCUGAAGGAAUAUGCAAAAGAUGUGGGAGCAACAAAAUUACUACAUGACACAAAGAAAGAUAUCCUAAUGCACAGGUGGCGAUACCCAUCCUUAUCUCUCCACGGAAUUGAAGGAGCCUUCUCUGCCUCAGGAGCCAAGACUGUGAUUCCACGGAAAGUAACUGGGAAAUUCUCAAUCCGGCUAGUGCCAGACAUGACUCCAGAAGAUGUCGCCAAUCAGGUUCAGGAUUACCUCACCAAGAAGUUUGCUGAGCUGCAAAGUCCCAAUAAGUUCAGAGUAUACAUGGGCCAUGGUGGAAAACCUUGGGUGUCAGACUUCAAUCAUCCCCACUACAUGGCUGGCAGAAGAGCAAUGAGGACAGUCUUUAAAGUUGAGCCAGACUUGACAAGAGAGGGAGGAAGCAUUCCUGUCACUCUGACCUUCCAAGAGGCAACAGGCAAAAAUGUAAUGCUGCUUCCUGUUGGAGCUGCAGAUGAUGGUGCCCAUUCUCAAAAUGAGAAACUGAACAGGUAUAACUACAUCCAAGGAGUGAAGCUGCUUGGCGCAUACCUAUAUGAGGUAUCUCAACUAAGGGACUGAACUAAGGAGGUGAAAAUCCCAAACAUGAAAUCAUUUUGUGGUCCAGAGUUCUGGAAAUCCUGCUGACAAGCAAGCUCAGACUACCAAAUACCUACAGCUUUACUUCUCCCUCACCCCUCCCAUUUUUCACCCACCAACACUCAAACUCCUGCAGAGGAAAAGCAACAGGCCCCCCACUCUAGAAAUCCUGCAACACCCAGUACCAAAUACUGCUUCCAGUGCACACUCCAUUCUCUCCUUCUGCAGCUGGAGAGAUGGAAGAGACCCUUUCUAAGGACUCUCCAAAAUCUGACCAGGGGUUCUGAAUCCCUUCACACCUGCCCUUUCUGCUGCUUUGAAUCCAGCCUAGAGCUUGCCAUAGGCACUCUUCCCCUGGCUUGUUUAAGACCAAAGUGAGAACAAACAACUCUCUCUUCUAACUUCAUUAAACUAGCUAAUCAGCUAAAGAACUCUACAUCUUGACCAUCUGCAGUAGCUGAAGAAGAUUAACCUAGAGUCCAUGUUAAGUCCUGGAAGCACUCAAAGUGACAGACUACAAAGGGUAUACUGGAAUUCCUGCAGGCUGUAAUGGGGCCAUCUCUGCUGCCUCGCUGAUGAGGCUAGGGGUGGAAUUGGUAACUUGUUGUCUAUAGCUCUUGCUGUUCAUGCUUGUGGUAUCAAGGUCUGCAGACAAAUUUGGUUAUAAAGCAUGCAAUGAAACUUGCAUUUUUCUAAAGCUGGCUUUGUACUUAUGUAAAUUCUGCUAAAUUAAAAAAAAAAGGCUCUA